AUACAAAAAGUCGAGAGACCUUCUUAAGUUGACAGUAGGCAUAAUAGAUAAUUGGAUCCAAGGUUUUGACUUCUGAGUGCCAACUUAAAAUGUACAUUUAAUGAGAGUUGACAUAUAAUAUUAGGUUGUAUACUGUAUUUCUCUCUCUCCAUUAAAAUUUACAAAAUGGGUAAUAUAGUUAUACAUCUAACAUUAAAUGUUACAUAUUAUAUGUUACCAAGCUCUCUCUCACAUGCACACAAUUCCACAAAUGGCGUUCUUCUCAUCUCCCAAAAAACUAACAAGUCCUUGAAGAUAGUUGACUCUGCAGAUGACCAUUUUAGAAGCUUCAGAAUUCAGAGACUUGAAAGUCAGUCCCUUAAUCUCUAUAUCAGGCCUUGCACAAACAGAGAAGCACAUCCACAGCUAAAAAUGGCCCCAAGCUUCAAUAAUGAGAGUUCAUUGUUCAAUUUUGUUGUGAAAGACGGAAAUGGUGUCAAAGGACUAGUGGACGCGGGUCUCACAGAGGUACCAGGCCGGUACAUCCAACCACCCAACGACCGAAUCAUCAAUCAAAAUGCAGCCGCAUCUCUUGGAAGCAUGGCCAUUGACCUAUCAGAGCUCGAUGGUGCCAACCAUGAUCAAGUGGUCAAGGCCAUUGCCCAUGCUGCUGAGACUCUAGGGUUCUUUCAGGUGGUGAACCAUGGUGUUCCAUUGGAGCUCCUGGAAUCCCUUAAAGAUGCAGCCCACCAGUUUUUCAACCAACCAUCCGAAAAGAAGGCUGUUUAUCUCAAAGGAGUUAGCCCUAGUCCCCUGGUCAAGUAUGGGACUAGCUUUGUUCCUGAAAAGGAGAAGGCACUGGAGUGGAAAGACUAUGUAAGCAUGAUAUACACCAAUGAUUCCGACGCGCUUGAGUUUUGGCCUCAUGAAUGCAAGGAGGUGGCACUCAAGUACAUAAAAACAUCAACAGAAAUGGUGAAGAAGCUACUGCAAGCACUCAUUGGAAACCUUGGAGUAAAACUAGACGAGUCAAGACUCAAUGAACUUGUUGGUUUGAAAAUGGUGAACAUGAACUUCUACCCAACCUGUCCAAACCCUGAGCUAACCAUUGGCGUGGGGCGGCACUCUGAUAUGGGAACGCUAACAGUCCUUCUACAAGAUGGCAUCGGUGGGUUAUAUGUGAAAAAAGGCGAAAACACAUCAUUGGGAAAUGAAGAUUGGGUUGAGAUUCCACCCAUUCAUGGUGCUUUGGUCAUCAACAUUGGUGAUGCUCUACAGAUUUUAAGCAAUGGGAGGUACAAAAGCGCAGAGCACAGAGUGCGAACUACUAGCGUUGAGUCAAGGGUGUCGGUCCCUAUAUUCAACGCCCCGCUACCAGUGACUAAAAUUGGACCGCUGGCUGAACUGGUGGCUCGAGACGGGGUGGCUCGAUACAGAGAAGUCAUAUUUCAAGAAUACAUGAACAACUUCUUUGGGAAAUCUCAUGAUGGGAAGAAGUCACUUGAUUUUGCAUCUAUUUGACAUUAAUUGUUAUCAAUUUUCUAAUGAAGCUGCUAUAGGCUUCAUUUUAUAGUAAUAUAUGAGGUUUGUUGUGUGUAAUAAAAGACUUUAUGAUAAUGAAAUGGUACCGCCAAGUUUUUGUUUGGUAA